UCUUUAGUUUUAACUCCUAAACAAGAUGAAUUCUGUUAUUAUGAAGAUAUGACGGAAACGGAAUUACGACAAGUACUUGAAAAUGUUAUUUAUUCGAAUCUAUUCCUGAGGUUAGAAAAUGACAUUUUUGAACGGUACCUUGCGCGUCGAAAUCCUGAAAGUGUUCAAACAAUAGCGCAAAUCUUAGAAACCACUAAACGCGUACAAAAAAUCGCACCUCAACACAGUCGCACAUCACCCGUUAUGAGCGCAAGCGGAAGUCUUGUGAAUGUUUGCGACAAAGAUUCAGCGAGCGUCUCCAGCGUCACGCCAAGUCGACACGUCACGCCGAGUCUUUUAACAGCCACAGUACCAAGUGGAGGAACAAAAAUUACAUAUAUGGAUCGUAUCGAAAUGGUACACACCGAAAUCCGGGAAUUACAAAAAAAACUAGAAAAAACCGAACAAACGUCUACAAAGAAAAAGAUAUAUUUGCGAGCACGAAUGGAAGAAAAUCAGAUCAGCAUUCGUGAAAUUUUUAAGAAUAGGGAAGAAUUUGAAGAAAAUGUUGUACAGAAAGGCAUAGAUAGCAUUACGGGGAAAAUACCGGCUGAAAAAUUUAUCAGAUUUAUAGAAGAUUCCUUGAAAGUAGUCGACAUAAUAACAGAACAAAUCAGAUUGAAGAUGGCUACCAUAAAGUGUCAGAUAAGAAAAGUCAAGUUACAGCUGAGGCAUAGAAAAGAACUGGGCGAGGCUUUACGCGUCAUAGACUUCGAACAAUUGAACAUAGAAAAUCAAAUUUGCGUACAAAAAAUCGACGAGAAAAAUCAGUAUUUGCUCGAAAUGAAGAGAAUCGCGGGCCGUUAUAACAUUACAUUAAGCAAACAUAAGAAAAAAGUGGAUGGCCUAAUGUUAAUUAUGAAUCAAGUGAGAAACAAAAUUGUUUCCAAGAAACAAGAGAUUGUAAAAUUGCAAUCAGAACAAAUUGCUACAAAAAUUGAAAUAGAUAAAGAGGAAAAACAACUUAAAUCGAUAAUGGAAUUAAUAAAUAACUUUGAGGUUCCGAGUGUUAUAGAUUCUAUUAAAUUGCGUAUAAAGCUACAAGAAUUACAAAAAAUCCAUAAGCGACUAAGCAGACGACGAGAAAUUCAACGAAUAACACUCAAGUCUCGGAAAUAA